AUGUCGCUGAUGAUGCCCACCGCGGGCGCUGAUACCAAUGUAUCCGGCUCGCCUCUUCCCCUCCAGAGCCCACGAAAUGUCCGAUCGCGAACUCAGAGUCUGUCCAGCGACCGACCGUCUACCAUAGCGCACAGCCUAAUGUCCCCGCCGUCUGCUGUGACGCCGGAGGCGGCUUUUAUAGCCGCAUCCGCUGCCUCGCAAAUUGUCACAAGCGACUGCGAUAGCUCCUCGGAAGCAUGGUUUGACCAAUUUGGUAUUGAGCCUUCGAGCGAGACCGCCAUGGUCACUGUCAAUGCUCUUCAACUCGCCAACAACUUUAUCGAUCAAUUGCUGUUUAACAUUAUUGGCGUCGCUGGCUCGACAUCCUUGGCUGCACUCCGUCCUGCCGUGAGUGAGGUCCUGAAACCAAAGCUGGCCAAAGAUGCCAUUAGCGCCGCCGAUGAUGAACUCAACGAAUAUCUGGGCGGGGGCGAGGUUGAUGACCUUGUGCAAUCUGCCAUUACGGGAUCCCCAGAUGACUGGGACUUGGAGCUGGUUUGGAAGCGGACCAGACUUCGAUGCAUGGUAUAUUCGUCCCUUGGCGAUAUGGAAGAGGAGGACGAAGAUUACCACAUGGAACAAGAACAUCUUGGAGUAGGAGAUGGCGAUGAUCAUCCCGAGAGCGCUGUGUCGCCUGCUGUGGCUAUCUUUUUGACUUCGAUUCUCGAGUUCAUGGGCGAACAAGUGCUAAUCGUUGCCGGCCAAGCCGCCCUGAACCGCCUGCGGAUGAGAUAUGAGAAGGACCUCAAGGACGGCACACGGGCCUCUGGGGACGAGUCGGAACGAAUCGUUGUGGAGGAGCUUGACAUGGAACGCGUUGCAUUGGACCGCACACUCGGUAGGCUGUGGCGUUCCUGGAAAAAGAGAAUACGAUCCCCUACCGAACCUAAUUUUGGACGCAACUCCAUUCGCAGCGCAACGCACAGUAGACGCGGCAGCGCUGCCACGGAUGCAAUGCAGUCACUGGCCACUCCGCUGGAAGAGUCCAUGCCUAGAGAAGCUGAGGAUAGCAACGUUAAGCCAAGGCCGUCUCAGAUACCAUUGCCUAUUGGCUCCAAUGACGUUGCCGAAAUAGAGGUUCCUGGCUUGGUGGCAUACAGCGACGACGAGGAUAGCGACCUCGAGAGCGACGAAGACGCCAUCAGCCUAGCACCGAGACCCAAGAGUCUCAUGUUCUUCUCAGCCCUGGCCUAUCAGGCCUCUCCAGCUCUGGGAUUGUCCGAGCCCCAGGCUCCAGCCCAGAAGACACGGAGACGCUCCAGUUCGGUCCCCACACCCGCUGCUUUGCCUUACAAGUCACCCAUCGCAGUCAAGGUUGACGAUAACGACACAGACGUUGUUGUCACUGAUGUGAACAAGGCGGCGGAUGUAUCUGGGCUCAAGGUAGAGAGGCAAGUCAACGAGGACGGCGUGUCCCCGCUUGACACCUCGAGUACAGACUAUCUUGAUGGCAGAUCAGCAGCGGUUGAGCCUAGUCCAGUCUCUGCAAUUGUUUCGACUGCCGCAGCACUUGGUGCAGCAGCCGUUGCAGGUGUUGCAGCUAUGGUACAAGGAAGUGCACCCCAAACCGAACCUGAACCAACGCCAAUUGAUGAAGACGAAAUUGACGAUUUUGGCGAAGAGCCUGAGAUUAUGACUUCGUCGCGGGUCUCGAUCAACGGUUCCAUUGGCGGCCGAAGCUCACCCUCUGUCCCCGAGUCUGGACGGCCCCUGUCCAUCAAAUUGCCUGCCCGUUCAAACAGUCUACGUUCUGUUCGUGUCAUUGACGUGCAGAGUCCCCGAACACCAAGCAUCAAGUCGAGGGCAGGCUCUGUGGAUACUUCCGACGUGCCACCCUCUCGGCCUACGUCCUCUACUCCUCCGAUUGCUGAAGAGCGAGCAUCUCCAGAUAAUCUGACUGCGAGAGCGAUCAAAAAUGCCCUUGCUGGUGCCGCUCCUGCAGAAGGGGCUCUCGAAUAUCGAAACGCUCGAGACUACUCUCACCCUCAAACGAGCACAUACGAAUCUUUCAAGCCACCAGUUUCUAAUGCUGUCCCCGCUGCAAGUUCUCGCAUGGGGCCCACGUCUGCCCCUGCGGCAUAUGGCAUGAAGGCAAGCGCCCGGAAUCAGUCGAAUGCAGGCAGGUCAUUCCUUGACCUCGACUCCAACAAACCAGAAAUACCCGAUAGGGCUCCCGAACACCAUAGAAUGCCACGAAUGCCAGUGGUCCCUGAACAAAGCGCACCGGCUCCUGCUUCGCCUACCUACACACGCAAGCGAUCUGCAGACCGAAACCAGCCAGGCGCUCCUGGUUCUCCCGAGUCUGCCAGGGCUGCUCCUACGAAGCUCAAUGAUUCGCCAUCCUCGUCAUCAUCCAACAAGUACAAGCCAAUGCGUAGCUCAGAAGACGGCUCCCAGCACCGUCCUCAAGAUAUUACCAAGAAUUUCGAAGAGCUUCUGCAGAAUGACCAAACGAUUCAAUACACUUUGACACCAGAAAACAUGCGUAACAUGGAUCCUGUUCAGCGACAGACGAACGGUGGCCCAACUUCGCAUCACAAGUCUCGCAGGAGUGAGGAUGUAAAACUUUCAGAGCAGCCCCGCUCCUCGUCAUCCAUGUCCAUUAAAAGAUCCAUGUCCGUCUCGAAGGCUACUGGUUUGAGCUCGCAUCCUCUGGGUUCGCACCCCAUGGAAAAUCAGUCCGUGGGCAAGGCAAGCAAGCUUACUGGGCCUGUUCCUCGUGCACCACCGGUAUCUAUGGGCAACUAUCAUAAUCGCGCUUCAGCUCAGGCUCGAGACGCCAGGGUCCCCCGUGAAUCGGUGGCAGACUUUGCCGACUUCAUACGCUCUACAGGCCCCCCUGGAGGAAAGCCGGCACCUGCAAAAGCUCCGCCUAGCCAUGCAGCGCAUGGCAGAAGCGCCAGCGGUACCGUUGCCCCAAGUGCCAGCGUUGAGCUGAACCGUUCACGCCAAGGCUCGGUGAACAGGGCCCGCCUCCAAGCCCGAGAUGCUGCAGUCAGUGCUUCCAAUGAGAGCUCAGAUCUGAUCGACUUUAUCCGAAGAGGUCCUCCCAAUGCAGGCAACAACCCACGGAUCCCACGAAAUGUGGCGCCUUUCCGUACGACCAUGGACUCUGACCAGAUGCAAAUGUCGGGUGCCGGAGGAGGCAAAGCAGUCGAUGCCGUCAUCCCUGAUGUUCGUCACAGUCGUGCUUCUACGACCGUUACUGAUACUUCGCUCCCAUCUUCGAUCAAUUCGAAUAGUGCUCUAUUGAACAAGGCCAAUAAGCCAGCUCAGUACUCCAACAACUUUGAUGAUGACGACAUGAUGCCCAAGCGCAAGCAGCGCAGGGUCCGUGACCCGUACGCCAUCGAUUUCAGCGAUGAGGAAGAUGAGUUCGAUGAGCUCGAGGGCGACGGUUUAGGAAGAGUUGAAACACAAGGAGUAAACCACAUCAAGGAGGAAGAACUUGUCGAUGACGAUGACGAUUUCGAUCUCGAUUUGGCUCCACGACCCAAGCCGAGGAAGGAAGAGAGCCUGAUUGACUUCCUCAACAAUUGUGAACCCCCGAGCGCACCUUCGCCGCCUCGACCAUUUGUUACCUCACAAGCCAUGCCCAAGAAGAAGGCCAGUGCUCCGAAUCUCAUUUCCAGACUCAGAUCAGCCGGCGGUAACUCAUCUUCCGCCGCAAAGAGUAACGGGAUCAGCACAAACCAGCCCAGGGCUGUGAGCAGCCAAGGAGGCAACCCUAGAGGUUACACGCCCAUCAAUGUCACCAUUCCUAGCGGCGCUGCUACUUCCUAUGGCAGCAUCCAGCCUCCCGCACCACGGGUCAACAACAACCCAUCCGGCGGUCGUGUUCUGAUGAAGAAGUACGAACCGAGAGAUGCCUCGUCUUCAGCUGGGUUGGGAAGAACCUCAGACCUUGCAAGUUUCCUCCGGGACUCCGAGCCUCCACCGUCAACCAUGGCUUCACCAGUUGCUCAAUCCCAAGAAAAGUCUAGCAGCGGAUUUUCACGAGUCUUUGAGCGACGCAAGAAAUCUGUAUACUAA